GACAAAAAACAACAAGGACGUAUCACUUGCAACGGUGUUCCGACUCCCAUCUGACAUCAUGUAGCCCCUGUUGCAUGUUACAUUAUUCAAUGCGAUGCAUCGCUUACUAAUAAAUAUGCAAACGUGAAUUUACUUUUGGGGGUGAAUAUAUAUCUGCCUGCGAGGAUGAGUGGUGGGAGGUCGGAGUGAUGAUGAUGAUACGAAGAUGGCGAGCGGGCUUGGAAAACACAAGAUGCUGACCGCGGCGCCCACGGAGCCCUGGUCCCUCAGGGAGAAGCUGUGUCUGGCCACCUCUGUCAUGAAGAGCGGAGACCAAAACUGGGUGUCUGUGAGUCGGGCCAUAAAACCGUUUGCAGAACCGGGGAGACCUCCGGACUGGUUCUCUCAAAAGCACUGUGCCUCCCAGUACUCAGAGCUCUUAGAAUCGACAGAAGCCCCAAAACGGAAACGCGGGGAGCGAGGAGAAGUGGUGGAGACGGUGGAGGACGUGAUCGUGCGCCGACUCACCGCCGAGCGCAUCGACGAGCUGAAGAGGCUGAUCAGGGAGACGCAGGAGGAGCACAGAAAGCUUAAACAGGAGGCACAGCUGAUCCACGCCGGACACCUUGACUGCAGAGUGGAUGAGGUGUGGGGAGAGAUCGCUGAGAAGAGGAAACAGACGGAGGAGGAAGCAGAGGAGAAGAGGAAGAGCACGGACGCCUCCUAUCAGGCUCGUCAGACGGCCAAGACUGCAGUGAGGAGAGGGGCCAGCACCGUGGCCCUCUGUCCUCAAGAGGGCCCCUCCCCUAGCCUGGAGCCUCCCGCCAGCGACGGGCCCCCCCAUGGAGCCCUGACCGUUGAGGGCCAGCCCAGCCCCAUCAGGAGUGUCCUAGUGUCCCCCGGGUUCCCGCCCACCAUGACCUAUGAGUCUUCUCUGCCCAGCAACGGAGAUGUCUGCCAGGCCGUGCUCCUGGAGGAUUCCCUUCUGAGGAAACCGCUGGGCCAGAGGACGACCCCGCCCCCCUCCCCUCUGCUCUCUGAGCUGCUGAAGAAAGGCAGCGCUCUACCCGGAAACCCCAGACCGGUUGGGGAGGGAGAGCCGUCUGGUCAUGUCACGGGGUCACAUGACCUGCAGCUGGCCCCGCCCCCGCCCCCGCCCCCGCCACCUGGCUCCCAGGCAACAGGCGCUCCCACCCUCUCUCGUCUCCUGGAAUGCGCUCCCAGCCAGGCCUCUGUUCCGCCCAGCUUCAUGCCUGCUCCUGAUUCGGUCUCCAUGGCAACCCACCAUGCCGGCAACCCACUUCCUGUGGACCCCGCUGUCCUAACCAACGCAGGUGGUUUGGCGGUCGUGGGGCCCUAUGGGUACCAGCAUGUGUUCGGGGGCCCGGUGGUGUGUCAGGAGAUGGAGGAGGAGGAGGAGGAGGAAGAGGAGGAGGUAGGCGGGUCCUACAUGGGGGACGAGCUGGACCUGAAGACAGUGGGCGACAUCAUCGCCAUCAUAGAGGAGAAGACGGUGGAGCACACGGAGGUGCUGGACGCGGCGGCGGUGGAGGCCGCCCUGUCGCUGUGUGAGGAGGGGGGCCACGCCCUGGUGGGGAGCUGCUGGGGGCCCGGCCCGUUCAAACCCCAGGACCCCACGCCCGGGUCUGGGCGCGGCGACACCGCCGCCCCCCCGUCCCGCCAUGGAGGUCCGACGGGGGCCAGGACAGACGCGCUGGGGGUACAACACCACCGCCGCUUCCUCCCCAUGUACCAAGGCGGAGGUCUUCCCCCUCCUCCUCCUCCUCCUCCUCCUCCUCCUCCCUCCAGCUCCUCCUCCUCCUCCUCGCGUCCCGAACCCCUCCUGACCAGAACGCCUCUACGGCCAAAGCCCGCCUCAUCCGCGUCCGACUUCUCCGUGGCCGAGCGGGAAGGCUGCGACGGUCCUCACGGAGACUCACUAUUAGAAGAUAGCCCACUGACAGAAAGACACCGCAAGGGGGAGGGGGAGAUGGAGCCCCCGGCCAGCGGCAGCGAGGACGGCUCCAGCAUGCACACCGCCUCCUCUUCCCUGCAGCUCCACGCCACCGCCUCCUCCACGCCCAGCAGCCCCGCCUCCUCCCAGUUCUCUAUGUGCAGCGAGGACCUGGAAGCAAUACAAGCUCAGAAGAUCUGGAAGAAAGCCAUCAUGUUGGUGUGGCGCGCAGCGGCGAAUCACAGGUUUGCCAAUGUGUUCCUUCAGCCAGUCACGGAUGACAUUGCACCUGGAUACCAUGGUAUCGUGCACAGGCCGAUGGACCUGUCCACCAUCAAGAGGAACAUCGAGGCGGGCGCGGUGCGCAGCACGGCCGAGUUCCAGCGGGACAUGAUGCUGAUGUUCCACAACGCCGUCAUGUACAACAGCCUGGACCACGACGUGUUCCUCAUGGCGCUGGACAUGCAGCGCGACGUGCUCGAGCACGUCCAGCAGUUCCUCGCCACGCAGCUCAUCAUGCAGACCGCCGCGGAGGCCGCCGCUGCUGGGGGAGGGGCCAAGAGG